AUGCCGGCCGCCCAUGCGGGCGGCCGGCGGGAUAUAAGGCGCGGGCGCCGGCGAGCGCAGCCCCAGCGCGCACCCGCGACUCCCGGCCCCGGCGCCGCACACCGGCCCGCGCGGCCCGCCGCCUCCGCCCGCCGCGGCGUGCAUGGCCCUGGCCGGCCCCGGCGCAGACACGCGCGCCGCGACCGCCGAGCCGCCGGGCCCGGGCGCCGCCGCCUGACACGGCCGGUCCCGGCGCCGCCGCGCCCCGCCGCUCCCGGGCCGGGCCGGCCGCGGGCUUGCCGGGCCGCCGCCCCCGAGGCCGCGCGCGAGGGGCUGCGCCGAGGACCCGCCGGCCGGCGCGGCGCCCCCCGCCCGGGCGCGGCGAGGAAAGCGAAAGUCGCCCCGCGGGCCCGGGUCGCCCCGCGCGCCCGCCGCGGCCGCCGGAGGCGGGCCCGGGCGCCGGAGACGGGCCGCGCGGAGAGGCCCCGGCCGCCGCGGCCCGGGGCGGCGCGGGGCGCCGCGCUGCCCGCGCUCCGGGGCGCCCCGGCCCUGCGCACGCCCCGCGGCCCGGCGGCGAGGACGGGAGGCGGCGCGGGCGCGCGCCCGGGGGGCGCCAUGGGCCGGCGCUGCGCCCUGGCCCUGGCCGUGGUCUCGGCGCUGCUGUGCCAGGUGUGCAGCUCGGGGGUCUUCGAGCUGCGGCUGCAGGAGUUCGUCAACAAGAAGGGGCUGCUGGGCAACCGCAACUGCUGCCGCGGGGGCGCGGGCCCGCCGUGCGCCUGCAGGACCUUCUUCCGCGUGUGCCUCAAGCACUACCAGGCCAGCGUGUCCCCCGAGCCGCCCUGCACCUACGGCAGCGCCGUCACGCCGGUGCUGGGCGUCGGCUCCUUCAGCCUGCCCGACGGCGCGGGCGCCGACCCCGCCUUCAGCAACCCCAUCCGCUUCCCCUUCGGCUUCACCUGGCCGGGCACCUUCUCUCUGAUCAUCGAGGCGCUGCACACGGACUCCCCCGAGGACCUCACAACAGAGAACCCCGAGCGGCUCAUCAGCCGCCUGGCCACGCAGCGGCACCUGGCCGUGGGCGAGGAGUGGUCGCAGGACCUGCACAGCAGCGGCCGCACCGACCUCAAGUACUCCUACCGCUUCGUGUGUGACGAGCACUACUACGGGGAGGGCUGCUCCGUCUUCUGCCGCCCCCGGGAUGACGCCUUCGGCCACUUCACCUGCGGGGAGCGUGGCGAGAAAGUCUGCAACCCUGGCUGGAAAGGCCCGUACUGCACAGAGCCCAUCUGUCUGCCGGGGUGUGACGAGCAGCAUGGGUUCUGUGACAAGCCAGGGGAGUGCAAGUGCAGGGUGGGCUGGCAGGGCCGGUACUGCGACCAGUGCAUCCGCUACCCGGGCUGUCUCCACGGCACCUGCCAGCAGCCCUGGCAGUGCACCUGCCAGGAGGGCUGGGGGGGCCUUUUCUGCAACCAGGACCUCAACUACUGCACGCACCACAAGCCCUGCCAGAACGGGGCCACCUGCACCAACACGGGGCAGGGCAGCUAUACCUGCUCCUGCCGGCCCGGGUUCACCGGUGCCACCUGCGAGGCCGAGGUGGACGAGUGUGCCCCCAGCCCCUGCAGGAACGGGGGGAGCUGCACGGACCUGGAGGACGGCUACUCCUGCGCCUGCCCGCCUGGCUUCUACGGCAGGGUGUGCGAGCUGAGCGCCAUGGCCUGCGCUGACGGCCCCUGCUUCAAUGGCGGCCGCUGCUCGGACAACCCAGAGGGGGGCUACUCCUGCCGCUGCCCCCCGGGCUUCUCGGGCUUCAACUGUGAGAAGAAGAUGGGGCCCUGUAGCUCUGCCCCUUGCGCCAAUGGUGCGCAGUGCGUGGACCUGGGCGACGCCUACCUGUGCCGCUGCGCGGCCGGCUUCUCCGGGAGGCACUGCAGCGACAACGUGGACGACUGCGCCUCAUCCCCGUGUGCGCACGGGGGCACCUGCCGCGACGGCGUGAACGCGUACUCCUGCGCCUGCCCGCCCGGGUACACGGGCCUCAACUGCAGCGCGCCCGUGCGCAGGUGUGAGCAGGCGCCCUGCCACAACGGGGCCACCUGCCACGAGCGCCAGGGUCGCUACCUGUGUGAGUGCGCGCGCGGCUACGGUGGCCCCAACUGCCAGUUCCUGCUGCCCGAGCCCCCCGGCCCCGUGGUGGUGGACCUCAGCGAGAAGUACGCGGAGGGCCAGGCCGGGCCCUUCCCCUGGGCGGCCGUCGGGGCGGGCGUACUGCUUGUCCUGCUGCUGCUGCUGGGCUGCGCGGCCGCCGUGGUCUGCGCACGCCUGCGGCUGCAGAAGCGCCGGCCCCCCGGGGAGCCCGGCCACGCCGAGGCCGAGACCAUGAACAACCUGGCCAACUGCCAGCGCGAGAAGGACCUUGCGGUCAGCGUCAUCGGGGCCCCGCAGAUCAAGAACACCAACAAGAAGGCCGACCUGCACGGCGACCUCGGCCCCGACAAGGCCGGCUUCAAGGCGCGCUACCCAUCCGUGGACUACAACCUGGUGCAGGACCUCAAGGGCGAGGACCCGGCCACCAGGGACCCCCACAGCCAGCGGGACCCCAAGUGCCAGAGCCAGGCCUCUGCCGGGGAGGACAAGGGCAGCCUGACGACAAGGGGUGGGGAAGUGUCAGAAAGGAGGAGGCCGGACCCCGCGUACCCUGCGUCGAAGGACACCAAGUACCAGUCGGUGUUCGUCAUCUCUGAGAAGGACGAGUGUGUCAUAGCGACUGAGGUGUGACAUGGAGGUGACGUGGCGAAACUCCCGCUUCUCUUGAAAUGACUAAAAUUCCAAGGAUCUAUGCCCCCACGAAUGCUGCUGAAAGGAGGGCCCGGCCCGGCCGCUGGGCGCCGCCCGCUGCACUAAGACACUUGCUGGAGGAGACGCGGCCAGCGCCGCCGGGCCCCGGCGCCCGCUCCUCCGAGCUAGAAUCACAAACACGGCCUUUAUCGUCCUUUUGAUACGAAAAUGUGUUUUUUCUAGAUGAAAAAAAUGUGUGUUAUUUUUUGGAUUUGUAAAAAUAUU